UAAGAGAAAGAUAUAGUUGUAGAGCAUUAAUGUUAACAAAGAGUGGUGGGUGUUGUGGCCUCCCUGGCAGUGUAAACAUGGCAGUCCCCAGUCAACUGGUCAGGGACAAGUUCCCCGAUAUAGACGAAGAGAUCUUCCAAUAUGUCGAGGGUGUGCUCACAAGUACAGAGGACUUUGAAACUAGUGAUGAUGUUUAUGAAGCAAUUGGUGGUCUCUUAGCAGAUGCUGUUGGAAUAGAAAAAGAUGCAGAGAUAAGGAAACUGUGUGAAGAAGUGAUGGCAAAACUUACAACUCCCAAUGGAACCAUAGAACGGAAGAUUCUUGAUGCACCUGUCCAGUUAGCAGAGAUGGCAGCCAGCAUGGAAUUAGAAGAUCAAGUUAUUAAAUCUGUUUGGUCUAGGGAAAGAGAUGAUGGACUAAAAGUAGACCAAAGAAAACUUGACAAAGCAGAAGCAAAACUGAAGGAAAAGAAAGAAAAAAGAACAAACACAGAUAAGAAAGACACUCAGCCAGCUAUUAUAAUGGAUAUGGCAACAGCAUCCCAGGUUGUAAGCAAAAAGGACCGAGCUCUCGAUGCCAAAGGGGGUUGCAACACAAAAGACAUCAGAAUAGAAAGCUUUGAUGUAGCUUUUGGGGAUAAGGUUCUGAUUCAGAAUGCAACAGUUUCUCUAGCCUUUGGAAGAAGAUACGCACUGGUUGGAAGAAAUGGACUUGGAAAAACUACUUUGUUGAGAAUGAUAGCCAGCCGAAUACUUCGUAUUCCAAACCACAUCUCUAUUUUGUACGUCGAACAAGAAGUGAUUGGAGAUGACACAAUAGCCUUAGAGAGUGUCCUUGAGUGCGACACACAACGUAAAACUCUCCUUGACAGAGAAAAGGAGAUUCAAGCUAGAAUAUCACAAGGGGAUUCUGAUGAUAGUCUCGCAAGUCAGCUGUCUGAGGUAUAUGCUGAAUUACAGGCCAUUGAAGCAGACAAGGCUCCAGCAAAAGCCAGUGUUAUCUUGAAUGGUUUGGGAUUUAAUCCAGAAAUGCAGAUAAGAAAAACAAGUGAAUUUUCUGGAGGAUGGAGGAUGAGAAUAGCUUUAGCCAGAGCACUUUUCUCUCAACCAGACCUACUCUUGCUUGAUGAACCAACCAACAUGUUGGAUAUGAAGGCAAUCAUUUGGCUUGAAAAUUACCUCUUGGGAUGGUCAACGACUUUAUUAGUAGUGUCUCAUGAUCGCCACUUUCUUGAUAUUGUUCCCACGGAUGUCUUACAUUUACACUCCCAAAACAUAGACACAUAUCGUGGUAACUAUGAAAGCUUCAUUAACACUAAAAAUGAACGGCAGAAAAACCAACAAAGAGAAUAUGAAGCUCAGGUGCAGUUCCGAGCUCACGUUCAAGAAUUUAUAGACAAGUUCCGUUAUAAUGCUAAACGUGCAUCUUUAGUUCAGUCCAAGAUCAAGAUGCUGGAAAAGCUACCGGAGCUCAAACCCAUUGAGAAAGAAGUAGGAGUGACGCUGAAGUUCCCAGAUGUAGAGAAGCUUAACACACCAAUUUUACAACUUGACGAGGUCCAAUUUGAGUAUACCAAAUCUGUGACAAUAUUCUCAGGAGUUAAUCUUUCAGUAGCCAUGGAUUCUAGAAUAUGUAUUGUUGGUGAAAAUGGUACAGGAAAAACAACGUUACUGAAGAUUUUGUUAGGUGAACUUGAACCCACUAGUGGCCAAAGAGUUGCCAACAGGUCUCUCAGGAUAGGCUACUUCACGCAACAUCAUGUGGACCAGUUAGAUAUGAGGGUCUGUUCAGUGGAACUAUUGCAGAGCAAAUAUUCAGGCAAAACUAUUGAGGAAUAUCGGCGUCAGCUUGGUUCCUUUGGGGUUAGUGGAGAUUUAGCCCUUCAGCAAGUGGCAAGUCUUUCAGGAGGACAGAAAUCUCGUGUUGCAUUUUCUCUUAUGUGCAUGGGUAACCCCAAUUUCUUCAUUCUUGAUGAGCCUACCAAUCACUUGGACAUUGAAACAAUUGAAGCUUUAGGAGAAGCAAUUCAGAAGUUCAAGGGUGGUGUGGUGCUUGUUUCCCAUGAUGAACGCCUCAUACGCAUGGUGUGCACAGAACUGUGGGUUUGUGGAGACAAGAAGGUUGGAUGCAUGGAAGGUGGCUUUGAUGAGUAUCGAGAAAUUAUUGAGAAAGAGAUCCAGAUUACCUUAUAAGGACUAUUAUAGGACUCAAGAUAUUGAAUUUAUAUUAAUUUACAAUAAUAGAACUAUGGCCUUUUCUAAGCAACUUCAUGAAAACAAGCAGUUAGUGAUGUUCAGCAUAAAACUUGUAAUAGUUUUGUUGAGAGAGACUCGAUAAUCAAUUUAUUCAAAUGCUUUUAUACUUGAGAGAAUAUAUAUAU